AAUAUCCUGAGCUGGAACACUACGCUUCGUACGGCCAUUAUGCUCGAGAAGCAAACGCAGCCCCAGAGGCCGCUCCUGAGCCAGAGGCAGAGUCUUAGACGAUCGAGUCGAUGGGUGCGAUGCAUGAGAGACACGGUUGGAAACUUGGCAUUUGAACAUGACAUGAUUAGCAGAUCACGAUCCUUACGAGCUUGACGACAUAGAGAGCAAUGACCUUCAUUAAUUACCAUUCGAAAUUGUGCCCCUCUGAUCAGCAUUUGUUGCGGUCAAAUG